AUGUUAAAGUAUUCACAGUGCAAGCUCCAGGAUAUGGCGUCUGUUCUGAGCCCGCUUCUGAAUUUGGCACCAAUUAUCAAGGUUAAUAAUGGAAAGGUCAGAGUUGCUUCAAUAGGAACACUGUCAAUGAGAGAUUGUACACGUUUUAGGAAAAUCGGGCAGAGUACACGAUAUUCAACAAUAAAAAACGAAGAAUCUUUGCAGACAGACGUGCUCAAUAAGGAUUCAAUGAAUGUUGAGGCAGUUGACAGCAAGGAUGAUUUCGGAGUUGUUGGUGUUCACCAUGUUGGGAUCUUGUGCGAGAAUCUCGAGCGGUCAUUACACUUCUACCAGAAUAUUCUCGGUCUAUCUAUAAAUGAGGCACGACCACAUGAUAAGCUCCCUUAUAGGGGUGCUUGGUUGUGGGUAGGCUCUGAGAUGAUACACUUGAUGGAGCUUCCAAAUCCUGACCCGUUGACCGAACGCCCAGAACACGGUGGUCGAGAUCGUCAUGCUUGCAUAGCCAUUCGUGACGUGUCGAAACUAAAAGGCAUCUUCGAUAAAGCUGGCAUUCCGUACACCCUCAGUCGCUCGGGUAGGCCAGCAAUCUUUACUCGAGAUCCUGAUGCCAAUGCACUUGAAUUUACGCAGGUAGAUUAA